AUGACGAAACCGAAACCAGAGCUGCAGUUGAUUGAACACUUGUGCCAUUACGUAGCACCAACAUAUACAAAAGGCCUGACCUCGGUAUGGCACCGUGUCCCCAUUUCACGUCGAUCAGCAGUAUUCAUCUUGCUAUUCUUGGGCACCAUGGGUGAACUACGCGUUUUGCUCACGAAAAGAUCUUCCAAAUUGCGCAAUUUCCCCGGCCAUGUAGCGUUGCCCGGUGGCAAAGCAGAUAAUGGCCUCGAGUCGGAAUGGCAAGUUAGUCGCAGGGAAAUGCACGAAGAAAUCGGAUUGAGCUCAAACGAUGCCGACUUGAAAAAAUUGGGCGUCUCUAUCGAACAUAUCGCGUUGAUGCCUAGCUAUUUAUCGCGCACUUUUUCCUGCGUGAGACCCUGCGUUGGAUUCAUGCGGUUUACCAACGGCGGAGGCAACAAUGGCGAACUCGAGGCGUUGAAAUUGAGUCUUGCCCUUAAUCCAGGAGAAAGCUCGUCGAUGUUUUCUUGCCCGCUUCGCGAUUUCUUGUACCCGACACUGGAGGAACCACCGAGGGAAGCCUUGGAGCGGAUGUCGUAUAAGAUUAAAUGGGGCGGUAUACCUUGGAAUUUGCGGUCGUAUACUUUUUUGCAAAUCAACGACAACGAGGUCGAUUGGCUCAAGCACAUUAAGGACUUGUCGGCGCUGGAGGAUGAAGAAUUGGGCGACGAGUUGGAUUCCGAGGAUAAGGAGAGCAUCACUCCGCCCGGCAUCAAAACCAGAUCAACUUCACCAGCACCGGCACAUGCACCGGUAGGAGAACCAAAAUCACCAAAACAGAAUGCCAAGCGCCGUCGUAACCUUUCGUCGUGGGGCCGAUUAGGCUCGCGAAGACACGAGGAUUCAAAUGAGAAAAUUUACGAUGUCUGGGGGCUCACCGCGAACAUCUUGCACGAUUUGAGCCAGUUGGUCUAUUUACAUGACCAGCCGUUGAAGUCAGAGAUUGGAGAAGAAGAAUUGAUCUACGCCAUACACGACUUUGGCCAUUUGAUGAGGCAGAAGGAGCGAAGCGACAUUGAGAAGAAGUUGAUACAUCUGACAAGUAUGGAUGACGCCGAGGCCGGGUUCAAGAAUCUCUUGCCCAAAGAGGAAUUCGAGCGGCUACAUCUGAUUUAUAAACUAUAA